GUCGCAUACCCCACCAGCACAUCUAUCCCAAUUCCGGACAUAUUACUACCACGAGAGCGCCUCAGAUACGCGUCGAAAAUUGCGAUUCUUGCGAAAGCAUCAUAUGCGAACAGCAUGAAUGAGCCACCGGCGAAGCGGAGGAGGACCAGCUCGCCAAACGAACAAGCGUCCAGUCCUCUGAGGAAACCUCCACGACGACCGUCUUUUGCGUCACCUACCAAAGCCAGUCUUGCGCGUAACUACCCGAACCUUCUCUCAGCAUCUCCAAAGCGCAACCCAAACCGGCCUGUAUCAGCCAGAAAUGGCUCCAGAGGAAGGGAAGAGACCGAAGUGGAACUACCCAGCGAGAGCGACCUGCCAGAACUCCCAGGGACACCAUCACAGAACAACCGCGCAACUUCAAAGCAACCGCGCAGAACAAUAUUAUUCUCCUCACCAAGCAAGCGUCCCCCGCGCGUCAAAGAUCCUAUCAAGCAACCUCCACCGAGUUCGAGAGCGCCAGCAGUACAAUCAGACGAUUUCGCAGGGACGGUAGAAGAUGGCCCUAUAGAAGACAUAGCUGAAGAUGUAACCCAAGAAGUGGUACAGAAAAGACAGCCUCCAGACCCAGAAGUUGAGAGAAGGAAGCAGGAAAAGGCACGUCUCCAGCGUGAAGUAGAAGAGUUGGAGUCUCAGGUGUCAAGAUGCAUUGAAGAGGUCGUCAAGGAGCAGCGCCGCGGUCCGGAGGACUCUCUGCGGUCCACAGAGCGCGAUAGUCUGAAGAAGUUCAUAUCGGAGAUCAGCGGCAUCGAUACAGAGCCAGAGAAGCUAGCACCAGUAUCAAGUCUGCUGUGUUCAUUCCUACCAUUCGCCGCCCUCGCCGUCCCUCCACCACGCGCGAAACAAGAGGAAAAGCCCGUGCCAUCACAUCGCCCGGUCGAAGUCGCGGAUCCCUUGCCAUACCUCCAGAUGUUUACUUCACUCAAUUUCUCCACACAACUCAGCCUGCCCAGCGGCAAGAUAUUCUCGACCUCACGGCGGGUUCACCAGAAGCAUACCAUCGACAUCGCGGGCCCACAGAAGCUGCUGACAGCCCAAGUCUCCAUAACCAUCGAUGCUCUAGCAAACGAGAUUAUCGAAAUGCAACUUCUAAGAAUCUCACCGUGGGCUGAGCGUGAACUGGGCACCUUCAUUCGCACGAAAGCGCAAGAAAGAGAUCUUGGCAAUGCGUCCUGGGCUAUGGACUCGUACUGGGAGAUUGCGAAGAAACGAGCACAGCACUGGCAUAAGUGCGAGACUGCGUUUGCGCAUCUACUCGUAGGCCGUACUGCAGAGGAUACAGAAAACGCCCAACCACUACAAACAGGCAAGCCCACAAACAGCAUCACGCGCAAAGACUUGAGCAGGAACUUGGGUCGUGAUACAUUGAUCCUGCAAGACAAACACGUCCUACUGAAACUCAACUGGCAUAUCAACUUUGACUGGACAGGCGAGGCGGAGUCGGACGUCAACGUAGAAGCCGCCUUUCCCCAGGUAUGGUCCGAAACAGACGGCGGUGGCGCAGCAUUUAAGAAGAUACCCCAAACUUUCGCUUCUCUACUCCGUACCAAGGGUGCUUUCCAGGCUACUAGCGUUAUGGUGGCUCUGUUGUUUUCUCAAUAGAAUGCAUUAUUUUGAUGAGGCCUGAAGGUACUCGCUAUGCUCUACGUUGAUGUACUGAAAAUGUGGGUGUAAUGUAUACUUCUAGGUGCGUUAUCCCAGACAUAACUUGGAGAACGGCAUUCUUUGUAUUCAUCAACUGCCAUCAAAAUACGGGUGACGUAUGAGCAUUGCUAUGCUGUCGCUGGC